AUGGUUUUCAGAGAACACAAGGACUGGCCGAUGCCGUCUAUUCAGUCCCAGCUGUUUGCGUUCUAUGGGCAGAAUGUGAGCUCAACACAAGGGGCAGAAUGGCAAAGGCAUCGCAAGAUCACCUCCAGUGCGUUUAACGAGAGCACUUUCCGCGAAGCGUGGAACGAGACAAUUGCAAGGGUCAAAGCUAUUGACUUUGAGGGCGAGAGUGAAAGGUCGCUAGGCCGAAUACGCUCAACUUUCGAUCUUCUAGCCAUGCAGGUCCUAGUCAAUGUCGGGUUUGGCCAGGAUAUGGGGUUAACGACAGUGCCACCUGGCCAUCGCGAGUCGUUGAUGGACAGCUUGGGAUUCAUCCUGAAGCAUAUUAUGCUUACAAUCAUCUUCAACAGUCUGAAAGCCCCGGACUAUAUGUUGCCUGACAAGCUUAGGAAGUUGAAGAUUUCGGUAGCCGAAUUGAGAAUGUACAUGGAAGAGGCGGUCUUGAGGCAUAUGCAAGCGAAUAAAGAGACUGCAGAAAACCUACAGAAGAAGAGUCUCCUGGGAGCCAUGGUAAAGGCGAAUGAGGCAGAGAAGAAGCAGCUGCAGAAGAGUACCAAGCGACCUUCCUACCUCACCGAAUCGGAACUGUAUGGCAACAUCUUCGUCUUCAAUUUGGCUGGUUACGAAACAACUGCUUCCAGUAUGACAUUCGCGCUUUCCUAUCUUGCUGCAUACCCGGAGACCCAAGAUUGGAUUUUCGAAGAGCUACAGAUGCACUACGCUGAGUCGGAAAAUGUUAGCUACGACGCAGUGUAUCCGAAGCUAGUGCGUUGUCUGUCGGUUAUGUAUGAGACAUUACGUCUUGCUACUCCUGCACCAAUGCUCAUCCGGUCGCCGACUGAGCCUAGCGAGCUCCCUAUCAUAACAAAGGAUGGUCCCAAAUCGAUCACUGUGACUCCUGGUAUAGUUGUGGGCGGUCACUUCUACGGGGGCCAUCUCUCGUCGCGCUGGGGUCCGAGCGCUGAUUUGUUUGGCCCCAAGCGCUUUGUGUCGCAAUCUGCGUCUGGAGAUGAGGCCCUCGUCAUCCCAGAAGGUCCCGUGUACUCUCCCUGGCUGUUGGGGACACGCAAUUGUCCUGGGAAGAAGUUUAGUCAGGUUGAGUUUGUGGCUUUGAUUGCGCAGAUACUGUCAGAGUGGCGCAUUGAGGUGGCGACCGCGGGACAGAGCACUCAGGCUGCAAGGGAAAAACUGUUGUACAUGUUGCUGAAUGACAAGUACUUCAACAUCAGCACUCAUUUGCUGAAUCCUGAAGCAGUGGGGGUCAGGUUUGUAAGACGAUAA